AUGUCGAAUUUGAUAAGGAGAGAAUAUCGUAUUAAAGAAGAUGUGGUUAGAGCGCAAUUUUCGCCAGAUAUUCAAGGACAUAUCUCGCGAGGACUAUUUGAGACAAGGAUUAAUGGAUUUAAUGAAGCGAUAACAAGAAGCGCGGUACCAAAAGCUGUUUAUGUGUUUCUUUAUUUUUUGACUACGAUCCUUCUGCUAGCAAUAGGAGUACCAGAAACAUUAAAGAGUGCAAAUAGUUCUAGCUACCCGGAAACUUCGUGGUUUAUUUUCAUUUCGGUUGCGCUUUUCGUAUAUGCUAUUGUGUCUCUUCUUCAUUGGAUAAUUAGCAAAAUGAAUUCAGUCGAAGAGGAGACGGCACGAGUAAACGCAUUGGAUAACCCUAAUCGUAUCUUUUGGAAGCUGGAUUUUACCGACAAAUAUGUAAUGGAAGG